ACAAAGGCAGUACUUAAGCGAGUGGCGCGCUCUUCACACGCGAACGCUAUAGUGCUGCAGAUCAGUCGUGAGUGUCUACCGAGCAUAUUUAAUAAGUGUAUAAACAUGAGCUCCAUCAGAAGACCCACGCAUGCCGAGAUUCCCUCUGAAAACAUCAAGAAAUUCCUUUUAGCACCAACAUCUGGAGCAGGAUCAGGGAGGAGGACGCUGCAGGUCCUUCAGCCGUCCGCUGUCAAUAAGAACCUUGGUCGUAUCUUUGAGAAUGGCAAAGCAGUUCCUAAAAGGAAGAUGUGGAGCGCUGAGCAUGCUAAGGGCUCAAAAAGGGUCAAAGCAGAGGUGCCUGUAAAAUCCUCAAGUACAGAAUAUGAAAACCAACCUGAGGGGGUCACGCAAGAGGCCUUUGAGCUCAUGAUCAAAGAAACUCCUGGGUCCUCCUACUGGAAGGAGGUGGCAGAAGAGAGGCGGAAAGCCCUGUUUGGUGUUCUCCAAGAGAAUGAAAAGUUGCACAAAGACAUAGAAGCCAAAGAUGAACAGAUUGCUCAGCUGAAGAGUGAAAAUCAAGAGUUACAGGAGCUGGCACAGCAUGUGCAACACAUGGCUGACAUGAUCGAAAGAUUAACCGGUAAAAGUCCAGACAGUCUAGAGGAGCUGCGUGAGAUAGCUUUUGAUGCUGAAGAUGAAGUACAUGAAGAGGAAGAUGGGGAUCAUGAAGAUGAGAGUGAAGCUGAUGAGAGCCAGGACAGUGUUGAACUGAGCACAGAGCAGUCGCAUGACCAUGAUGUGCCACAUAAGGAUGACUCCACAGCAAUUGAUAGCGGAGAUGAUGCAUCCUGAAACAUUCUAAACUUGGGGGAAAAAAAGCCAUGACGGUUCAUUUUGUUUGGGUUUUUAUUUGAACGUAUAUAUUCGCCUUUGAGAACAGAUAUGCACCUUUUUGUUUUUUAACUUUUACUCUUGCUGUAAAUGAGCUUUUAUUUUCAGUACCUGUAGUUAAUGUGCAUGUUCACUGCUAGUGUACAUGUGUAAAAUUGAAUGCCUACAAUUGAAAUAAACUUGUAUUUUGUA